AUGGCAAGCCGCGCAGCCAGACUUCGCGACAUAUACGAUUCACUCCAAAAUGCCGACGCUCGUGCAGCCGUGACCUCCGAAUUGAUUGCAUUGCUGGACAAGAUUCCAGCUGGUUUGGCGGACCGUGUCCUUUCUUCCGCCCUCGAGGUCAAAACGCGCCACUCCUCAAUCCCACAGCUAGACCUCCCCAGUCGCAAACGCGAAAUCGAGUGCAUCCUCGACCACAUCUCACGCGACUCCAAAUACUCACUUGUCAACCCAGAGAGAUCGCGGAGGAACGAGCUCUUUAACGAGGCUGCGCAGACGCUGUUGAGCUGGCUGCAGGAUAUCUGGCGGGUUGUCUACGAACAUUCGACGCAGUACGAAACGGCGCACCGAUGUCUGGUUUUUGCAGCGGAGUCGUUGGUGAAACUGUGUGAAUCACGCGGAGCAGGCUGCAAGUGCCCCUUAAACAUCCCGAUCAACGUCUCGAUCGAGAAGGAAUCCGGGGAGGUCGUCAAGACGUUCGCGUUUACUGGGCUCUCGAACAUCGACCAUGUCAUACUAUGGGUGUGGCGCGAUCUUUUUGUCUCUAUGCUCGUGAGCAGCCCAAGCGCUGCACAGGCGCAGAUCCCGCAGAUGCUGGUAGACAUUGAAGAUGUAUUGACGUGGCAGGGGCUGGAGUGGUUGUUAUAUGGCGGGCAACGAUAUCUGUCAGAAUCGAGCGACGAUGAUUUGUUCGGAAGCAUUAUGGGGUUGGGUUUCGCGUCGGAUACCUGCCUCGAAGAUGACGACGAUGAGCUCCUCGACGAAGUCGACACCGACGGAGACAGACGGUGCUCCUGCAAUCUCCACGCCUCCCACUGGUCCGACGAGCUGGACAAUGAGCGCCACACCGUCCGCGAGAUGGUGCAGGACCACCUCUUCAAGGUCUUCCGCACCGACCCCUCUGUCGAGCUCUACACCUCCCUCAAGAACAUCCACGCCGAACGCGACUCCGUCACGGACGAGGUCUACGAGAUCCUCGCCGACGUGCAGACGUACUCGUCGGACAACUUCGUCGCGGCGCUCGAGAUAUACUCGGAGGAGUGCGACGCGGACCAGAUCAUCGAGCUGCUGGAAGAGUAUGGGCAUCUGCUCCGGCCGCGCGAUGCGCAGGCGCACCAGCGGGCGGUGGUGACGCUCCUCUCGCAGUGUGACGACGAGUACGAGGCGACGGCUGUGCGGAUCAUCGAGCAGGAGCUUAGCGAUACGGUCCGCGCGGUGCAUGCAUCGCUCCGGGGGUGCUUUUCGGGCAUCGACGAGCAGGCGAACAAAGACGAGCUCGACAAGAUUCAUAAGCUGCGUAGCGCAUCCGCGCAGCGGCAGACCCGCGUCUUGCAAUGGGUCGAGGACGUCGUUACGCCCUCCUCGUCGUCCCCGCCGAACCCCAUCCAGUUCGUCGCGAUGAUGAUGGGGAUGCCGACGCCCGGGGGCGACAACGACGGGGACGCCGAUCCGUUCAUGUAUGUCGAUGUGGAUGACGAUGAUAUGGCGGAUCUGCGGGAGGCGUAUCGCCCGGGGCUGAAGGAACGGUUUGGGGGGUGGGUGGAUGCGGCGGGCCCGCUGAGGACGAAGGUGGCGCAGGGGCUGCUGAUGAGGGUGUUCAAGAAGGUCGUGGAGGAGAUGCCGUUCUUCAGGUGUGUGGAUGUUGUCGACGAGAUGAUGGAGCACAUGGCGGACAACCCAACGACAUCGCACAUCGUAGACGCGCUCGAGUGCCUGUCGUCGUUCUGCAAGCUCCAGCGCAAGACGAUCCUGAUGCGGAAUGAGAAGGCGAAGAGGGCGAAGGCGAAGAUGUCGAACAAUAAAGCCGCUGCGCAAGCGUCCACGUCAACAGCAGGAGGAUCGGCGGGAUCGACAGCAGCAACGGGAAGCAAUGGGGCGGGGGUGGCCGGGACGUCGAGUCAGAAUGAUAGAGAUGAAUUGGACUCGCCGCCGCCUUUGAUACCUAUCGAUUUGCCCACAUCGUCUUCGGCAUCGGCUCCUCCGACUGCGACUGCCACUACGUCGUCACCUACCUCGGCUACAUCCCCAGCCUCUGCUACAGCGUCGGGCUCAUUCCCAUCCCUCCCCAUCUUCGUGCCAACGUGGUUGCCUGGUAGGACGACAACCAACCCGUUUACGCCUGGGGGCAUCGAGGAUGUCGACUAG